AUGGAAAUCACUUUUUUACAGCCUGGCGUCAAACGCCAGCGUAUGGAUCAUCGUCUGUUGACAUCGUCGUUGAUGCUCAUUGAUCGUACGGCAAAUGAUGGUAAUGGCAAGAUGCCAUCGCUACGUACGUUGGUCUCACUGGCGAUGGUGAUCGACGAGCCGGAGAUUCUUGACGGAGAUCGCACGGAGAUGAGCUUUCGCGCUUGCGUGCCGGCCGAUGAAAUCGCGUGCGCCGAAAGUGAACGUCGUCUGCUGACAUGGGCUAUCGACUGGACAAGGCAGGUGGCGGAUAUGGAAGACGCCAUCAGCAACACUGACAAGAUCUCGUUGUUGCGUGCGUGCUGUGUACCGUUGACUCUACUGGAGCUCGGCAUACGGUCUAGUGUCAUCGCUGCUACGACUGGUACUGGUACACAAGUUACCAACACAGUCACAGCAGCCGCAGGACACAUCCUACCCCUGCCCAAUAACACGUAUCUGCUACCAAACGUGCAGCCACCAUCGAAUUGCUUUCUAACACCGAAUGCAAUUCAUGAGCUGCUCAAAUGGACAGAACGUCAUCUGAAACCGCUGCAAUUGUCACCAAAGGAGCUUGUGCUGCUCAAAGCGCUCGUGGUGCUCAACAUAGGUAAGUCAAUAUAA